AUGCCUCCUAACCCUCAGAUGCGCUACCGCGGCAACAACUACUACUACCGGAGGCGGCCGAUUCACUCUCUCAUCCCCGAAAGAGCCUCAGCCAUGGCGACAAUAGGGGAUUUCGACCCACUCAACUCAACCGUACCUGCUACAAAGAUUGAAAUCACCGUUUCUUGCAGAAACCUGUUAGACAUGGACACGUUCUCAAAGUCAGAUCCAGUGGUGGUGUUGUAUGUUCAAGGCCUGGGAACCAAGGAAUGGAGAGAGUUUGGUCGGACAGAAGUGAUCGAUAACACACUGAACCCUGACUUUGUCAGGAAGUUUGUCCUUGAUUUCUUCUUUGAAGAAAAGCAGAACCUUCGCUUUGAUGCGUACAAUGUGGAUACCAGGAGCUCCAACCUUUCCAAACAUGACUUCCUGGGUCAGAUGUUCUGCACACUGGGUGAGAUCAUCGGUUCUCCUGGCGGAAGGCUGGAAAGGACUCUUUCGUAA